ACACACACAGCACACAGCACACAACACACACACACACACACACACACACACAAACGCAGACUCUCUCUCUAGAGAGUGACCUGUAAAAUGGAUUUGAAAUCCUCCUCCUCCGCUGCUGCUGCUGCUCCUGCGUUAUUAUUAUUUUAAUUAAAGUAUUAAUAAAACCCCUUUCUGAUUUCAUUUCUCUCUUUCAAAAUCCUACUGCUGCGCAUUUCCAUUUCACACUCUCACUUCGACGGUUAAACGGAGAAGAAUAGAACUCAUAUUUCGCUCUCCGAUAGAUCCUCUGCUCUCGGCUUCGGAUCCUCCGAUUCCCCCCUCUCCCUCCUGAAAUACCAAAUAAACGAUAACAAAAAACGGCUGCCUCUCUCCAUUAUCUUCCUAUCUCUAUCUCCAUCUCUCUCUUGCAGAUCCUUCAAAGCCAUUCGCGAAUCUUGCUCUGAUGAACCUUUGAUUAUCGCACGCUUUUUGAGAGUGUGUGAUGGAGUUUGAUGAUACCGUGCCAAUUGAUGGGCUUGUCGAGACAUCCCACCGAAAUGGUAUCCAUGAGCAGAGUCUUGCAUCUAUGGAUGAUGGUGUAGUUUCAAAUGGAAAUUUAGAAAAUGCAUCUAAAUUGGAAGAUAGUAUAACCAGUAAUACCUCAUCUGCUGGUGAGGUCUGCGAAAGAUCAAAUGUACAUGUGGGAAGCAAUGGAUUGACAGGUUGUAAGGAAGGGAAUGUCAAAAAUGAGGGUCAUUCAGAGCAUGCCAAAUCACUGAAGGGUCCUGGAAAGAGCAAGAGUGAAAAGUCAUCAAACCCCAAAAAUACCUCAGCCACUCAGUUGAAGAAGCGCAAGGAUGGAAAAGUUGCUGGGGCAGCUCCUACUGUUUCAAAUGGUUCAGCUACCUCAAAUUCACAAUCAAAACAGCCCUUGAAAAGCAAAUCAUUCAGUGAAAGGCUGGUUCAGACAGCAAAGCAUCCUGCGAAGUGUGAUGUGACAUCCUCUGAAGGCCUCAUGGAGACCCUGAAAUUGAAAACUUCGAAAGGACCUGCUAAAGCUGAAGAGAUUGCACAAGCUUCUUUAAGUCCCACUGCAGAAGAUGCCAAACCUCGCAGGGUGGCUGCACUUCCAAAUUAUGGUUUUAGCUUCAAGUGCGAUGAACGUGCUGAGAAAAGGAGAGAGUUUUACUCUAAACUUGAGGAGAAGAUUCAUGCGAAGGAGCUAGAAAUGAAUAACUUGCAAGCAAAGUCCAAGGAAACCCAAGAAGCUGAGAUCAAGAUGCUCAGGAAGAGUUUGGCAUUUAAGGCAACACCUAUGCCCAGCUUCUAUCAAGAGCCUCCACCGCCUAAGAUGGAACUAAAGAAGAUACCUACAACAAGGCCUAAAUCUCCCAAGUUAGGUCGAAAGAAGAGUUCAUCUCCUGUGGAUUCUGAAGAAAAUGAUGACCAGAGCCGUCGAUUGGCUAGGCUAAGUUUGGAUCAGAAAGUGUCUCAUAACAAUGCUGCCAAAGGACCGUCCCCUAUCCGUUCAAAGAAGCCACAGCGGAAGUCCCUUCCUAAACUGCCUUCUCAGAAGACAAGUUUAUCCAGUGCUGUGAAUGAUGAAAAAGUUAUAUCAUCUGAAGCAACAAAUGAGGAAAAUGUAACCUCUAAUCAAACUAAUGAAGGUUCGUCUCCCGCGGAAGAGCAGAAUGCGAUACUGACAGCUGUUGCUGGUGAAGUCCAUUUCCAAACAGAUGGGGAGUUUGUGGUUGGAGAGCAGGCUCAGCCCACAGUAGUGUAAGCACCUGUAGCAUCUGAGCAUUAAGCAAAGCAGCAUUAGAAUCAGAUGCUCUUACAAAGGCGUAGAACCCAUGUCCUUAAAUAAGAGGUCAAGAAUUGAAUCAUCUCACAAUGAAGCCAUGAAAGAUACUGCAGUAUGGAUUGUGAUGUCGUGUUUGUCAAUAGUCAGCAGCAAACAUUGCUUGUUUUGUGUGCCUGCUUUCAAGGUUGCUGGUCUUCGCACAUUAGGAUUCUUCAUUCUGCUUGCAGCAUUGUAUGUUUAUCAAUUUGCAAAAAAAAAAAGAUAAAUCUUUAUUUAUGUUGUUAAGCAUCCUUCAUCCGUCUGCUUAUUGAAAUUGUUUUUGGAAAAUUUUGCUAGAGUCUACUGCUAGAUAGCUUGAAAUCACAAGUCAUGUCCAUUAGAACCCAUUCUAUCGAACAAUUGAAUAUUGUUGAUGAAGGCUGGUUUGGUGUUAUGAUA